AUGUCCAGUUGGGCACCCUUGUUGGCUUUCCUCCUGGGUCUGCUCUUAUCCAUCGCUGAAGGUAACCAUUAUGAAGGCCACUGGCUGGGCCAGCCGUGUCUCCCUGGCCAGCCUUGCGUGUUAGCAUUUAUCUCCAAUAACCCUGUCGUCCUCCGCUGUCCCCGCUCUUCGUACAGAGGCCACAUCACUUGGCAAUACCUCGACCCCUCUUGGACCGAUGAGCAGCCCCUCACCUUCUUACGCUCACGCGGGACUUCCUGGCCCCUGUUUAGCCAUGACAAGCUGCAGAGGCUACGUUUCAAAUCCCGACUGAUUGCCGGCACCGGCAGCCUGUACAUCUCAAGCCCCACCCGAGAAGACUCAGGGUUGUACACCUGUCGUGCAGGAGACGCCACCCUUGCCUAUUACGAGGUUGACUUUCAGGAUGCUGAGCGUCUCCACGUGUCACACACAGAGCUGGGAGAGGCCAACUUGGGCAACGUUACGGUGCUGCUCGACCAGGGGGCACAAGCCACCCUGUUCACCUCCUGGAGUCCUUGGCAGUCUUGCAAUCGCUGUGGCCAUCCCGGGGAACGGAAGCAAGUGGGGUUUUGUUAUGCCCAGCUGACUACGAUGGACUCUGAGGAGGAAAUGCCCAUGCCUUGUGGGAUGGCUAGGCAGAAGUAUUCGACGUUGCCGCAACGGGGACCAGAGCUGAGAAUAGAAACCUGCCAAGUGCGCUGUGAGACAUCAUACUUGGCUGGCCAAGAGGAGCCCCACUGGGUGCCAUUCCUGGUCUUCACCAACUACCACCCCCAACUGAAAGCCACUGCUCACCUUCGCUGCCCAGCGUCUUCCAUCUACAGCCCUGUCUACUGGCAGGUAGGUCUCACAAUGUUGACACACCUUCAGCUUCUCCAGAAGAACUUCAACGUCUCCAGAAGUUCCCAAAGCUUGGACAAAGCCACUGGUGGUGGGAUCCUGCACCUCUCCUUCCAGAACGAUUCACACAGCACUUUCUACCAGUGUUUCGUGAAUAGACGUUUAGCGGGCAAGUUUUUAGUUACCUCUCCUGGCGCGGUGAGCCCACCAGGGGAGCUGGCUCACACUUACUCCAUCAUUGAGGCCUUGGUGGUGGGCCUCUCCAUAUUCCUGGUGUUCCUGAUGUUUCUCAGCAUAAUUGAGUCCUGCAGGAGGAAACCAGAAAUUACUGUGGUCUAG